AUGCACCGUCGAUGGUGCGUGGAGGUAAGGAGGGACAAAUUGAGAUGCGAUAAAUGUGUCUCCUUUUUCCCCUGCAGGCGAAUUCUUCGCACCGCAAUUGUUUUUGUUUGUUUUUCUUCUUCUUUUCAUGUUGAGGGAUACGUGGAGGGAACUAAUAAUAAUAAUUUAUUUUUGCGCUCUUCGUUUCACCGCGUGCUCAGUGAGUUGCCGCUGCUUGGGCUGCAGCGCCGGCUCGAGCACCAAUUCCUCCCUCCCUCACUCUUGCAUCGCUGCCGUGUGCGGCUGUGUGGUCUCCCGCCUUUUUUUUUGCUCUUGCCUUCCGAUCUCUCCCCGCUGCACUCCCUCCAACUAUUUAUUGCUCUUUCUUUCCUUCUCCUUUUCCACCGCCUCGUGGCCCAGCGACUCUGUUACUCCGCCCGACCACUGCUUUUACUGAUGGCGACGACGCUGCGGCGCCGUGCGGUGUGCGCCCUGGCGCUCCUCGCGCUGCUCUGCGGCGGCUGCUGCGGCUCGUUUGUGUGCGCAACGGCGGCUGCGGCAGGAGGCGGCGGUGCAAUUGGGGCUGCCGGUGCGGAGGCUGUUUUUCAGUUUGGCGGCGAGCCCCUCUCCGACGCUUUGAAUCGCGAGGGUUUCUCUUCUGCUCCGGGUGCCAACGGGGCCGUCGUGGGCCAUGCAACUGCAGCGCCUGUGGUGCAAAAUGACUCCUAG